UCCCUCUCCCUUUCUCUCUCUCUUAGCUGCACUCAAUAGAGCGCUGAUUCUUAAAAGGUUUGAAGAAAAUCCAUCAAAUCUUCAAGAAUUCUCUCAAUUAGAUUCGAUCUCUCCUUCGGUAAUUCAUUCUCUGUGAGAAAAUAUAACAAUUUCCACAGACAACGACAAUUCUUCCUUAACGAACAAAUCGAAGUCUUCGGAGCAGUAAAAGAUAGAAACAUUAUUUUCGUCGUGUCAUCAGAGAGAAGUAUUUGCUUCAACAUGUCUACUCUCCAAGAUGAUCAGUUUUCGCAAAUGGAAACAACUUGUGGAACUCUUCUCUAUGAACUUAAGGUGAUAUGGGACGAAGUUGGAGAAUCCGAUGCUGAAAGGGAUAAAAUGCUGUUUGAAUUAGAACAAGAGUGUGUAGAAGUAUACAGAAGGAAGGUGGAUCAGGCAAAUCGGUGUAGGGCUCAGCUACGGCAAGCAAUUGCAGAUUAUGAAGCAGAGCUUGCAAGCAUCUGCUCAGCAAUGGGUGAACUGCCAGUAAAUAUCCGGCAGUGUGAUCAGAAUGCUGGAAGUUUGAAGGAAGAGCUUAGGGCCAUUGUUCCAGAGCUGGAGGAGAUGCAAAAGAGGAAAUGUGAGAGAAGGAACCAAUUUAUUGAUAUCCUACAGCAAACACAAAAGAUUUCAAAUGAGAUCGGUAGAUCCACAGAAUACAGUGUGGUGGAUGAAACUGAUUUGUCCUUAAGAAAGCUUGAAGAAUUUAACAGGCAGCUGCAAGCACUUCAAAAGGAAAAGGAAGAACGCCUGAAACAAGUCCUGGACUACCUUAAAUCUCUGAACUCUUUCUGUUUAGUGCUCGGUAUGGAUUUCAAGAACAAGGUUCAUGAAGUGCACCCCAGUUUGGAUGAUUCUGAGGUAACGAAGAACAUAAGUGACAAUACGAUUGAGAGGUUGGCUGCUGCAAUUCAAACACUGCGAAAAAUCAAGAUAGAGAGGAUGCAGAAACUUCAAGAUCUGGCAACGACAAUGUUGGAGCUGUGGCAUUUAAUGGAUACACCAAUUGAGGAGCAGCAGAUGUUUCAGAAUGUCACCUGUAACAUAGCUGCUUCUGAACAUGAAAUAACAGAACACAACAUUCUCUCUGAGGACUUCAUUAAUUAUGUUGAGGCAGAAGUGUCUAGACUCGAAGAACUGAAAGCAAGCAAGAUGAAAGAGCUUGUUCUGAAGAAGAGAUCAGAGUUAGAGGAGAUAUGCAGACGGACACAUAUGGUAGCAGAGGCAGAUACUGGAAUGGAAUAUGCAAUUGAAGCUAUUGAUUCUGGUGUUGUGGAUCCUGCUAGUGUCCUAGAACAACUCGAGCUUCAAAUUGCAAGAUCUAAAGAGGAAGCAUUUAGCAGGAAAGAAAUACUUGAAAAGGUUGAGAAAUGGUUAGCUGCAUGCGAGGAGGAGUGCUGGCUUGAGGAGUAUAACAGGGAUGAAAAUCGCUAUAAUACUGGUAGGGGUGGCCAUCUCAUUCUGAAGCGUGCUGAAAAAGCUCGUUCAACAGUGAACAAACUUCCAGCCAUGGUGGACGCAUUGGCAUCAAAAACCAUAGCAUGGGAGAGAGAAAGAGGUGUGGAAUUCACAUAUGAUGGUAUUCGACUUCUUGCAAUGCUGGAAGAGUAUAGCAUUUUAAGGCAAGAGAAAGAGCAAGAACGCCGAAGGCAGCGGGAUCAAAAGAAACUUCAGGGACAGUUAAUAGCAGAGCAGGAAGUGCUUUUCGGUUCAAAACCAAGCCCUUUAAAGCCCCAGAGUGGAAAAAAAGUCUCGAGACCUUCAACUGGCGGCGGUCCAGGCAGCAAAAGACUCUCCCUUGGUGGGGCGAUGCUGCAAACUCCUAAACCUGAUUUGGUCAACUCCACAAAAGCUGCUCUGCAAUCACGUACAGUCAAGAAGGGUCUAUUGCAAAAUGACUCGCUUAACCACCAUGAGGAUGAAGGUUUUGCAGCUUUACAUUCAGGUAGGAGAGGCUUGGAUAGUGCUGGUUUCCCAGUGAAACAGCACUCCUUAAAUGCUGCAAAUGCUGGUGACAUUGAAUCACCCAUGAUGCGGAAACCCUUCUCUCCUGUCUCAAAGGCCAACACGACAAACUUGAUGGAAGACAUGAACAAAGCACAGAAAAUACUUCCUAGUAACAAUAUGGCAAUGACCACACCAUCCAAGUUGGCUUUUCUUAACGAUGAGGAAGAAAACAGGACCCCCAAAGCAAUGUCAGUUCCAGUCCCCGCUACCCCUUCAACUGUGUCAGUGCCCAUGCAGACUGCCAUAACCCCGGUUCCAUCCUCUGUUCUUCAUGGAGCUAGCACCAUGGGAGAGAUGCCUGAAGUGAUCGAAUACUCAUUUGAGGAGAGAAGAGCCGGUUUCAUCCUUCCCCAGACACAUAUGAAGUCCAUUGUCCAAGUUUGACACAUUGGAUGAACUUGAAUCAAGUUGGUCUUGACACAUUGUGGUGUAUAGUGUCAAUCUUUAUUGACCUGUUGGCUUCUCUCAUUCAUGUACAUAGUCAAUUGUUAUUUGCUUUAUCAAUGUGGGUUUUCCGACUUCU